AUGGAGAAGAAAAUUGCUAGUUUGGAGAAGAAGAGUGAAGGGAAGGUGGAGGUGGAAUUGGUGGUGGAGGAUGAGGAGGAGGUGCUUCCGGGGUUCCGGUUUCAUCCGACCGACGAAGAGCUCGUCGGGUUUUAUCUCCGGCGGAAGGUGGACAACAGGCCCAUGACAAUAGAGAUCAUCAAGCAGAUUGAUAUUUACAAAUAUGACCCGUGGGAUCUUCCAAAGGUCAGCACCGUCAAUGGAGAAAAAGAAUGGUAUUUCUUUUGUUUGAGGGGAAGGAAGUACAGAAACAGCAUAAGACCCAACAGAGUCACCGGCUCCGGAUUCUGGAAGGCCACGGGCAUCGACAGGCCCAUACACUCAGCCUCCGGCUCCGAUGACUGCAUUGGGCUCAAGAAGUCUUUGGUAUAUUACAGAGGAAGCGCGGGAAAAGGGACGAAGACUGAUUGGAUGAUGCACGAGUUUCGACUCCCUUCGAAUAACAAGGACAACGAGACUUGCUCUCCGAGCUUACAAGAAGCUGAAAUUUGGACAAUAUGUCGAAUAUUCAAGAGGAACGUAUCAUUCAAGAAGUACACACAAGGAUGGAAGCAGCAAGCACCAAAACAAACAGUGGCUACCGACUCAAGCUCACAAACAAGCAGUUUCGAUUCCGAUGCAAGAGACGAGUACAAAUUCGUAGGAUAUGAGAAUAAUCAACAGAACUUAUACUUUGAAGAGAAUAAUCCAUUAUUUGGAGGGCAGUGGAGCCUUAAUACAUCUCAGACACCCACUGCCACGUCAUUGCACCCGAGCAUCGUGCCAAGCCCUAACACGAACGAGUUCUUGAAGGAAGGGAAUUGGGAUGAGCUUGGAAGGAUCAUGGAGUUCUAUAUGAUGGAUCAAAGUGCUACUCAAGAGUGUGUAUAUUAUUAGAGAUGAUGAUGGAUAUGUUGAGCUUGGUAAAAUUGUGUUUUGCCCCUCUUCUUUGAUUCCUAAUUUGCUUUAGUCCCCAUGUAUGUGGGAUACAGAGAAAAAAAUCAGUGCCAAGGGGCUAAGUGAUAUUUUACAUUAUAAAUUUUGCUCCCGUGUAAGUACUAAUAAGGUCAUGUUAAGGAUUAGAAUGCUUUGCUUUGGAAUUGGUACUUGUA